AUGAAGCUCCUUCUCCUGGUUUUGAUUGUUACCCUGCUCCCGGUCCAGGUAACCCCAGUCAAGAAGUGUUGGAGUAAGUUAGGCAGGUGCAGAACGACAUGUAAACAGAGUGAAGUAUUCUACAUCCUGUGCCAAACUGAGUUUAAGUGCUGUGUGGAGUCCAAGAACGUACCUGUUAAACCAGAAUUACCAAACACAGAUGGAAGCCUCACGUCAUCUUCUGCAGUCUGA